ACACGAUCGCUUUGAGUCGAGAGAAUAUGAUUUCGUGUUUGUAAACACUAAAUUUUUGCUAUCGCCUUAUCGGCGGCACGCUUUAGCGUGCUUAAAUAGAAAUUUAAAGGUAUCGCCUUUGGGCAAAGUCAUCAAAUAUAUAUAAAUAACAAUAAAGCUAAUAUGCCUAUUGUACCAUCAGUUCAAUGAAGUGUAUGGUUGGUUAGUGUGUGUCUUAGAAACUGAAGUAUCGACUAAGUAAUGAGCUACUAAACUUUAUAAACCUUCAUCUCUUUUCGUAUUUUCAAUUUAAUAGGUGCUAAGCAAAAAUAACAUAUAAAGUUCCUAAGCGUAUUUUGAAACUAUAAAAGUGGUAUCGUUUUUCAUGACAAACCAGCUGAUUACUUUUAUGAAGUUACUGUUUCUUGUUAACAAAACUGAUGGUUACCUAGUACCUGCUGCUCAUCUUGGGGAAGAGUGCAAGGAUGAUAGAGAGUGUCAUCAAAAAGAUCCCAACAGUUAUUGCUCGUUCCAGGAUCAGCACCUGCUUUGUUCUUGUAAGAUUAAUUACCACAUCAGUUUAAUAAAUAAUACAGAGAAAUGCAUUUAUGGUGAAACUGCUGAAGAAGAAAAGGAAGGACUUACCGCAGCUCCCAUUAUCCUCUGUUUUAUGGGAUGCGUAGUUAUAGAAGCUCUUUGUUUACUCGCAUUUCGUUACUGGAAGAAGCAUAGGAGAUCUGAGUUUACUACUCAAGGAACUUUGCAGCUUCAAGCAAUUUCUUUCACUGAUCCACGCUAUAUUCAAGGACGGAGGGCUCAUGUUAUAUCAUUCAUGAUCACCCCUGAAAUGGAGUCAGUAAUCUCAGCUGCGAGAUCAUCAUCUCCCCCACCAUACAGUCAGACUUCAAUUGCCGAAAAUAUGGCUGCACAAGAAGAACCACCACCUCCGUAUGAAGAAGCCAUUAAACAGUGUCAGAGGUCGAAAACGUUUGUAUUAGAGGAAAAGAAAAGUCAACGAAAAAUGUCUUGUUGAGAAAAUGCCAUGCAUUGUAUUUCAUUAUUUGGACUGAUGUUUGGUUAAAGCCUCAAAUGUUAUUGUUCAUAAUUAAUAAUGAUGUUUGUUUAAAGCCUUAUAUGCUAUUGUAUUCUCUUCGUAACAACAAACAGGAAGUGUCUUUAUUAAAUGUCCUCUCUUAUUAUCAGAGAAGAUAUUUUAUUCAUGCAUAAUAAUAGAAAUUUUUGGCUGAGGAUAUUAUUUAGUAUGCAAAUGUUAUCAAAAACGUAUUUUUUCAGUGUAGUUGCGCAUUAUUAAAUUAUUAAAUUUUAUUAUUUAAAUUUUAUAUCAAUAGGAGAGAAACAAUUUAUAUUCCUUUUCUUGUACAAGCAUCCUUAAAUAAUUGAAUAUUUUGUUUAACUUUUGAGUGAUGCAAUUAUUGUCAUAACUAUGCUCAUUACAAAUUUUAAUCUAUCAUUUCGACGACUGUAAUUGUGAAUUCAUGAAGGUUUACAAUUGUAUUAAAGUAUUCGAAACAUAAAAUAUAAUGCUUUUGGAGUUCAUGACUGCAUUUAGUAAGAGUUAUUUCCAAUGGUAUGUAACCUGGAAGUUUGGUUAAAUAACUCUCAAAACGUAUAUUUGUUUUUAAUGCUCGGUUAAUUCUCCUUGAACAAAAACUGGGUAAAUAUUAUAUAAAUGUCAUAUUAUAUUAUUAAUAGCAGUCAUAUUAUAUAUGAAAUUCACUAUUUUGACUGCGGACUAUAGGCUUUUAACUACUAAACUUGAACGGGAACAUAACAAAGUUUAAUUACUUUUUAAUAUACUUUUAGAAAUUAAACCUAUCUCUGUAUGUUCAUUAGUUUUAUUUUAAAGUAAAGUUAUCAAUAAUUUUCUAUGAAUAACUGGUUACGUAAAAUUAGGCAAAAAAGUAACUUUAAUGUUGAUGUAGAUCUGAAAUGAAACUCUAUCGAUUUCGAGGGCUAUAUGAAAUCGGGUCCUCUUCUUUCAGGAAAGGGGGGAAAACAAUUCCACAGUUGUGGGUGGUAGCGUCAGAGGCAAAUUUAUAACGAAAUCAAUGGGUAAAAUUUGCUGUUCGGGUCUUAAAAAUCUUAAAUCUGAUUUUAAUUCUUGAGAAAUUUAUAUCAUCUAUGGUUGGAUACAUUGGCCAGAUUAAAAAGAGUAUUAAAAUCUCUUUGUCAAGAAACAUGAAUAGUAUAUUCGAAAAAGGUACGUAAAGAUGCCAAAGAUUGUGAUUUCUGUGCUGUAGUUUUGAUUUUUGUUUGCUGCUAAAAUUAUUCAGAAAGCUUCUUCGCAUUUUUAACUAAAUUUCCUUGAAGACUUUCACAUUAAAAAAAAUAUGUUCUUAAAUUAAUUUCGCUCUAUUUUUUCCAACAUUUGCAGUGUGCUAAUAUUUCACCUUUUCAAUGUUUAAUUAAGGUUUACCUUAAGGAAUGAUGUCGCUGCGUUUAUUUUAUGUUUGCUCCACUGAUUUUGCUAUAUAUUUGGCUGUUUGUCUCUCCUUUACAAAAAUAUUUUGCUCCUAAAGAAGAGAGGGCCUGUUUCAUAUUCUUCUGAAAAUCUACAAAGUUUUAUUUUAAAAUCUUCCCAGUCUAAGGUUGCUUUUUGGUCUAAUUUUAUAUUUUAAAUUAGCAUUUUUCACUUUCAGUUAUAUAUUUGAAAGUGCUCUAUAAGUAUAUAUGAUUUAACCAUAUUAGUUACGCACGUAAUUUUCACUGUACCAGUAAAAGAUAAAUGUUUUGGUUUAGUUGAUUAUGGUAAACCAGGUUAGGGCUAUCUGCCUAAGGGGAGGAAUGUCGAAGGAUAACUGGCUCCUAUACAAGUUACACAUGGGGAAAACCACGAAAACGCCCAUGCAACCAGGUCGGUCGCCUGGAAUCGAACCCAGGUUGGAGUUAGCAGUGUUUAGUGAUAUUUUAGCGGUCGGCCGCUGGUGGGCUAAACAAUUGGUGUAAUACUAAUGUCAGUAUUAUGUAUAAAACGUUUUAAGACUCAUAUUUUUUUAAGUAAAAAACUUCACUUAGUAUACACGAAAGAGACACUAACCAGUAUCAAAUAUAAAAUUUGUUAAAAUUCAACCUUGGAUUAAUUUUCUUUCUACAGAACGGUUUCGUUAAGUUUUCUAUAACACCAACGACAAUUCAAAGUUGGUUUUUAUCUAACUGUAUAGUGCACUUGUUGUCAAGUUUUUAUUGACAUGUUUUAAUCAUAGUUUAGUUCUUUGGCUUGUCAUGAUGCGCGAUCAUUUAUGGAGAUAAUGUUUCAUGUUUAUCAUGUCAUGGAGCUUCCUUUAUGUUCAUUAUGUAAUGUUACAUAUAUCUGAAAAUUAGUCAUCUUUUUUGAAUGUGUUGCUGAAAUUAUUAAAUGCACAAAGUAAGUUAAAGAAUCGUCGACAGUGGUAAAAAUAACAGUAGUUCCUGACUAUUCGUAUCGCAACCGAAAAUUUGCCAAAAGGGUAUUCACGAGGCAAAGCAAUUGCCAAAAUAGUUAUGUGGCAACCCAUGAUGUUGCCAAAAGGUCAAAAAGGUCAGCAAAGAAUCGCAUCCAAAAAGUUUGGCGGUUUUUCAAAUCAAAACGCAUUUUCUUCUCAUCAUCUAUUUUCUGCUGGUAAAGAGUGAUCCUGAUUGAAGCGGAUAUUUAAAUAUGGACGUUUCUGCUCAUGUUGCUUGAUUCUUGCAUGUAUUGUUGUGUAAUAUUUUUCCCAUUGUGGUGCUAGGAAUGAAGAACGCAAAAGUUCAUUUUCAUCAUACUAUGCUCUUUUAUUUUAAAAAACGAAACAACAGUGCUAGUCAGUUUGCUUUGAAAAUUUGUGCUACAUAUGGACGAAGUGCUGAUUUUGAUGGCACGGUUUGAAAGCGGAAAAUUCAAGCGUGGAAAUUUCAGCUUCAAAGGUGAUUUUCAUUCUGGAUGACCAUCCAGUGUAAAGAACCUGUUCAAAGGAGUCGUCACCGAAAAUUCAUGUCAUACAGUUCAGGAACAAUCAGACAGUCUAUAUAUUCCAAAAUGUACAAUACGGGAUCAUUUGAAGAAUAUUUGUUGUGUAAGCUGCUGCGAGCAGUAUAUGCUUAUUCGAAUUUUGGCAUGCGAUUCUUUGCUGAAAAAUAUAAGGAAGCUCCUUUUUUGAAAUUUCUCAUUACGGGAGAUGAGAAGUAGAUACUAUACAAUAAUACUGCAAGAAAAAAAUCAUGGGGUAUGCCAAAAGAAUCUCCUUUAGUACCACCUAACAACGUUUUAAAAAGAGGAAUUUUCCACCUGUCAGAGGGCUGAUAAGAAGUCGUAGAACAAAAUAGCGCUUAUGUGGUUCAAUGAAAUUUGCUAAUAUUUUGUGUACUGGGUUAUUUGUAUUUAUCAUAAAAAAAAACGCAGAACUUACCGGAUGACCCAAUAUAUAUGUGGCAACUAAGGCAUUUGCUUAGCGUAUAUCUGCUUUAAGCCGUACGCGAUGCCAAAUUCCAUGGACGCUGAGUUUGUGUAAUUCUCUGAAUUUUUUUAAGCAAAAAGAGACCGCUGCGUACACUGGAAGAACAACAGCCCAAAAAGGAAGAUUCAUAGAACAAGGUUAAGUAUUUUAUUACCGAUACUUCUGGCUUUUUAAAUUUUAUUGAUUAAUUGCUCUUCUAUGGAAUUCUUAAUUCGCUUUCAUUUUGACAAUGAUGUUGCCUUUCGCGCAAUAUCUUGGUGAAAAAAUAGUCGCCAUUGAGUUCACGAAUGCUCUACAAAGUCGCCAACGAGUUUGUGACAUUUUGGUGGGGGUGUGAGUAAUCAGAAUAUAUCAAGUUAAAAUAAUUAGAUUAAUGGAUUUUAUUCUCUAAUUUAUUCUUUGCUUCAUUUCAUUCAUACGAGUGCAAAUAACAUUAUUUUUCGUCAUAAAUUAGCUACUGUAUGCUUGCAUGAUUACUCCAGCUUAUAAGCUUAAAAGGUGAAUAAGGUAUAAGCCAUUUUGAGACUUAUGUACAGUAUAACUCAUUUUUUUUUUCGAAAGAAGAAAUGAUUUUGAGUGUAACAAUGUUAAGUUGUUUAUUCUUUAAGAGCAUGUCAUUUUCUCCAGUUUUUUAUUUCAUUUAGUAUAUUAGGCAUUUAAAUGCAUUUUGUUUUAGUUAUGUCUCUACAUAAAGAAUUUAUUUCCGUCAUAAUGGGAUUUUUGAAUCAUGAAAUUCAUAAUUUUAAUUUUCUUUUGUUAUGAAUUGGUCUGUUUAAAAUAUUAUUAACUGCAUCUGUAAUACAUAACUUUGUAUGUAAAAGUUUUGUCAUUUGUUAAUGUUACUUUCUGAACAAUAUAAAGCCGAGUUGUCGGUGCCUUUUGUAUAAUUUAUUGAUUUUAACUUUCCUUUAAGAUUCUGAAAUUGUAUUUGCUAUGUAUUUAUUGUUGGCGUCUGCUUCUAAACACUAUGUAAAUAAUUAAAUUUAGUUUAAAAUAUUAUAUUUCUUUUCUCUAUUGUGUAUUUUUUACGUGGUUUUCAGCAAAAUAUCAGAUUUUAUAGCUAUUAGCUCAUUGUCAGUUUUCGUUGUUUGUAAGUAUAAUAUCACACAUUAGCUACAAAUAAAAUAAACGUGCGCUAUAGACACUGAAGACAUAUUUAUUUAGAUCGACAUAUUUUAGGAAUUCGUAGUGUCCUCUUAUUUGUACCGAAUGCAUCUUAACUUUACACCAUAAGUAAUAAUAGAUAUUGCGCUACGAACAUACGUUUGUAAUACAUGCCAUAAUUUCAAAAUGAUCGUCGUGGGGCUAUCUUCAAACCAGAGGUAUAUAGCCGUACUUCUGUGACACACUGAUUGUGGUUAGAACCAUCAUAACCGAUCAGUCUUAGCUCUCAGUUCUGUUGUUAGAGCUCGUAGCAGGAGCAAGCUAGGAUCAUAAUAGAGAAUAAAUGCUCCAUAGCAAGGCCAGAGCGAGAAAAUUUUAGUGCAAUCUUUCGUUAACUGGGCAAGCACUUAUUAGUAGUAGGAAGAAGAAUGUUUGGGCAAGAUGCCAGAUAAACCAUAUCUGACUUACUAUACGAGAGUCGCACUGAAAUUUUUAAGCUGCAGCUAAAUGGUACUAAUUAAACUUACCAAAUCUUAGGAGUGUUCAAAAUACUUCCCUCCAAUAAGAGUGCUUUUUAGUAGGCGAAUAUUCCAGAGAUUAAACGUUUCAUGCCAUCCAUUUCUUGCACCUGGUGAAAAAUAUACUUUUAUAGCCUCAUCAGUUUCAUCUUCGAAUUUCAAAAGACUGCCACGUAAAUUUUGCUUUAAAUUAAAAAAAGCAGCCUAAACUCAUUUUGCAAAUAGCUGGAUCGGCUGUUGCUAAAUCGAAAGAACUGGAUGGAAGGUUCUAUCACACUUCGUGUUUUUGUUCAAUAAAUUCGACUCUCAUCUUGCUGAAUAAGAAAAUAAAUUAUCAUGGUGAAGCACGAGUCCUUUAGUAUAAACGUCUUGACGAAUAUCUUGAGGACAUCUAAUGGUGUACCAAUUAGCUGUAACUGUCUUCUAUCUCUUAAACUUGAUGGCUUUGGCCAGUCCUGUACUCUGAAGGAAAACGGAAUACAUUAAUGUUUUCAUUGCUCGUUGUCUUUUCACCAUUGUUAGUUUGGGGUCACAUUGAAGGACACAUAGUUUGCUUUCUUAACAUGGUGGAACGUCAAAAAAAUAUGUGCCAUUCUAGCACAUCACAAUUUAUAAGGUUAUAAAUAAUGCAGUAUCCACCAUCAUUUAGUAAUUUUAGGGUGUCUUUAUUGAUUCUGACGCUCUCCUCGUUUCAAUAUUCUGUUAAAUUAUGGGGGGGGGGACCCAAAUACAAAUUAUUUUUUUCAUACACAGUUCUUCAUGAAUAAUUUUAUAUAUAACUGCGGAUCCAAUGUUGAGUUCCAUCUGCAUCAUUUGGUAGGUACAGCGAUUAUCAUUGACAAUUUUGGUUUUCGUAUAGCCGACAUAUAAUCUAGCGCUACAGCUGACAAAGAACUUCCUGUGUAUUAGUCAUACAAAAAAGAAAUUUGCCGUCUACGAAAUUCUGUAAACCAUCUGAAUACAGUGGCACGAGAUAGAUCUUCAUUUCCAUAUGGUAACUGCAAACGUUGAAGGCAUUCUUUUUGAUUUAGUUCCACUUUAAAAUUAUAGAAAAUUACAGCGAUAUAAUGCUCUCACAACAGCUCCAUUUUCCGUUCUUUCAAAGUUUAUACUAUGAUAGUUAAAUUGCAGUUGUUGUCACAAGUUAUGUCUGUGGCCAUAAGAAUUUACGUUCUAAUAAAUAACUUUUAAUGCAUUUUUUAAUGCAUAAUUUUUAAUGCAUCUUUCCCUGUCUAAAAGAUUUCAGAGUUACCAACGUAAUUAUUAUUAGCAGUCUACCACAAAGAGCUUUACACACUUGCUAAUUACGAUCAUUAUAUAUUUUAGCAAAAAUUUGCGUAAAUAAGUUUUUAGACAUGGAUAUAGAAUGCUGCAGAUUAUUUAUGUGACAAAAUGCAGAAUGUUAUUGUUUUUAACAGUGCAGUUUGUGUAAGAUACUCUGUCUUCAAGAAUUCUGUAAUUUUUUAACUUUACAAUUUGAUUCAGUUGUAUAUUUCUCGAAUUCUAGUCUUUGCGUGCAAAAGGUCAACCAAAUUAAACGUAACUGAUAUAAUUCCUUUCUUAGAUAAAUCGGUUAGUUUUACUUAUUUUUGUUCGAAAUUUAAAUUGUAUAGUAUUAUGUUUUGCUAGAACGGCAUCGAUAUUUAUAGAAGGCUAGAAUGGUGUAUGCAGUGAAUAAAAUUAAUGUCAAAUAAAAUAAGUAA